UUUCGCUUUAGAUGAAAAGAGAUCAGCGCAAGCUGAUCCCCCCGCUUCGGACACCACGGUUGAUUGCAAGAGGACUCUCGAUGGUGUGAACGCAGACAGACUCACUUGACAAAUAUAUCUGAAUAAUGCAUAUCUUUAAAGUAGACAAAUUUUAAACUAAAGAUCUACUGUAGCCGGUUUAGGGAAUCUCGUAAUGCGUGACGAGUUCAUUGAAUCACGCAAAAGAACGUUCCUGCUGGGUUUUUUAAGCUAAAAUUUUGAUCGUGUCUUAGGCCGUUUGUUCGGUCUGUCGACAAGACGAAUUCCCCUGUUCUGUUGAUAUGGCCGUCGUCGAGGAAUUUGAUUAUUUAUGUCGUCUAUGUGCGACCAAGACUGGCAUUCUAAUGGGAUUACCGAUCUUUGAAGCCGGUGAUCAAAUGCGUAACAUUGACAAGAAAAUAGCCGCGUGUUUGCCAGUGCAGUAUUUUCAGGUAUCUAUGAGCGAUCAGUUACCAAAAGUAGUGUGUGAGGAAUGUGCUUAUAAACUGGAUCAAUUAUUUGACUUUCGUGAAAAAUGCUUGCAUACAGAAGGGAUGUUCAUGGAAAUGUUGAAAGCAAUUGCUAAAGAAGAAGUUGUACACAUAACGAAACAUGAUUUGGAUGAAGUAGAAGAAAUGAAUAGAAUUCAAAGGGAUAUAGAUAGAAUACAAAAUAACAUGGAUGAUGUACAAAAUUCUCAGGAGACAACGGAAGCUACUAUCCACACAAUGCAAGUCAUGGAUGAAAUGGACUUAGCAGGUGGUGAGCAGGUUGUUACACAGGAAGAAAUAGGACAACAGGAUACCAGUAUCGAGGUUACAGGAAUCGAUUGUUUAGACGGCGAUACAGUCAGAAUGGUCAACGAACACAUACGAGAAGUUUCUAAUCAUCAAAUAGCAGUACAUUUAGAAGGAGAUAUGACUGUAGUUGGAAAUUUAACAGUCAGUGAUCAUUUGGGUCAAUUAGGAAUUAAUUACGUGACUUCAAUAACCCCUGAAGAUCAAAAUAGAGAACAAAUAGUACAUUAUUGUGAAAAUGUAAAAUUUGAAUCAGUACCAAUAAAGGAAGAAUAUCAUAGGUUGCAAGAGAGAUUAAAUACAGAGGACACUUCAAAUGUACUUGAAAACAAUGUACCACACAAUGAUUUUCCUCCAACCCGUGUAGAAGCUGAUAGUGAUAUAGAAGAUCCACAUCCUGUAGAAAAUGAAACUGCAACACAUACAACUACUCAAACAGAAACUUUAGCAUCAACAAGUCAAGUGACAAACGAAAAUUCAGAAAUAUUAGUUGAAUAUACAAAAGCAGCAAAACAUUCAUUAUUAGAAUCCACAUUAAGCAAUCCAACAAUUGAUGAAACAGGUUCUCAUUGGUAUGUGUGUCCAUUUUGUAAUGAAGCAAUUUUAGGUUCAAGUAAUAUGAUGGCACACUUUGAACAAUAUUUUGUUUCCUGUACGUGUGGUUUAUAUUAUACAAAUUUAGAAGCAUUGAAUGUACAUAAAGAAAGUUGUGAUACACAUAAAAAGAAAACACUCAACAGCGAAGUGCAGGUCAAAGAAUCAGAGCUAACACCCUCACAAAAUGGUGUGAAUACGAAUGAACAAAAGAAACAAGCACCUGUGAGACAAAGAUGGACACCAAAAGUUUGUACCCACUGUGGAAAACAGUAUAGGACAAAUUACAAGUUGCAGGAACACAUGCGAAAACAUACGGGCGAGAAGCCUUUUCAGUGUGUGACUUGUGAAAAAGCGUUUAGAAGUAAAAUAGGGCUUGCACAACACACAGCAACUCACACAGGACAGUUUGAUUAUAAUUGUUCUACAUGUGGUAAAGGUUUCCAGUCGAAAAGCUAUCUUGUUCUUCACCAAAGAGUGCAUUCAGAUUUGAAGCCAUUUCCAUGUAAUACAUGUGGACAACAUUUCAAAACAAAACAGUCUUUGUUGGAUCAUCAGAACAGACAUCUUGGUGUUAAACCAUAUGUGUGUGAGAUUUGUGGUAGAGGUUUUAUAACUAAAGGACUUUGUAAAAGUCAUCAGAAAAUACACUCGGGCAUGGAUAAUCGGCAGUAUCCGUGUGUCGUAUGCAACAAAAUGUUUGUUAGUAAAAGUUAUCUUAAUACACAUCUGCGCAUUCAUACCGGUGAAAAACCGUAUCUAUGCGAAGUUUGUGGGAAAGGAUUUUUAACAAGAGUUGAUCUUAAAAUUCAUUCGACGAUGCAUACUGGGGAGAAGAGCUUUAAAUGUGAUAUGUGCGGAAAAGUGUUCGCUCGAAGAGCUGCGUUACGAUGCCACAGAAGAUUGCACACUGGAGAACGACCUUAUAGGUGUGAUAUUUGUGGGAAAACUUUUACACAGUUCACUCCAAUGGCUAUUCAUAAGAGACUGCAUACUGGAGAACGACCGUAUGAAUGUGACGCGUGCGGUAAAACAUUCGUUUCAAGAUCAACUAUGAUGUGUCACAAGAAGAAACAUCAUGCUACACAAACUGCGAAAAAGGAAGAACCAGUUCCUCGUCAAAAUGAAAUGAAAAAUAUGUUACCAGCAGAAAUUGUGCUUCGAGAUUCUCAAGAAGGAAUUCAAAUAACCGCAGAUUGAAUCCGUAAAAUCAAAAGAAAAACAGAUAAAGAACUGAAAACUUUGAAACUAAUACAGACACACAAUGGAAAAUGAAACACUGGGUCUGCAUUUCAUAAGAAGCGGCUUUAGUCACCAUGAUGUAUUCCUUUACUGUAGCAUAUACGUUAAAGCUGUAUACAAAGAAUAUAUUUUCGAGAAUUCUUUGUAAGAAGUAAAGACAUGUUUUUUAAAAUUAUCCACAAAUAUAGGAGAAGGAGCGAAAUUAAACAAUCAUUUAUAUUUUCUUUUUAUAUCGGUAUAAGUAUUUUACCGAAGUAUGUCGAUACUUUUAAAUUAUCUACUUUUUGUAUUGUUCUACAAAAUAUAUUUGAAGAUGAAUGGUUGCUGUUAAUUGAGCCACAGAAAUGUAUACGUUCAUAUAUACAUAUAUGUAUGUAUAUGUACGUAUAUAUAUAUCGCUAUAGCUAUAUAGUCAACUUAAGAAUAAGUUAUGAAAGAAAUACAUAUGUUAUAACCGCUUCAGUCUAUGAUAUUAUGGUCUUUUACUUAUAAUAAUCAAUUUUUCCAAUGAUGCAUAUUAAGAUGCUUCUAACUGUAGGAAUUUAUGAUAAAGAAAUACUUGUGUUUAUUUUAGCAGAGAGCUCAAACUAUUUCAUUAGUUCAACGUAAAUGAAGGUCGUUGAAAUCAAUUAAUUUAUAAUUUAUUUUUUAGUGUAUUUCUGAGAAAUACAAAUAUCACUUAUAAACCAACAUGAAUCUUAUUUAUUUAAAAAUAUAUU